AUGGGGUUCCGCAUGCUGCAGGACUUUAUGCGCGUGCAGCGCUGGGAGCGCUCGAUCAUGAGGCGCGAGGAUCACUCAGAGAGCAGGCUUGUGCGCGGCAUUCGCAUGAUCCCGUGGUCUGGGGUAGCCAUGUUCUUCUUCAUUAUGGUCUUCUUCGGGUUCGACCUUGGCGCCGGCAUCAAGCAAACGGCGCGUCGCAUCAAGGAGAAUAAGAAGGACGCACAGACGACGCUGGAGGUGCAGAAAGUUCAGGCACGUCGGUGGUCUGUGGAACAGGUGAAGAGCUUUAGGGAGGGAGAGCUGCCGCAGCCCUCUUGGGAGAAGGGCGGCCCGCGGGCGAAGUGA